AUGGGUGUUGGAAUAUAUGGUUUGUUUGUAGUGGCAAUUUGUCUGUGUCCAUGGGUGUGUUUGGGGAGUGAUGGAGGAUGCAACAUGUAUGAAGGGAACUGGGUUUGGGAUGAUUCUUAUCCUCUUUAUGACUCUUCAUUAUGCCCUCACAUUCGUAUGGAGUUCGAUUGCUUGAGAUAUGGUCGUCCUGAUCAUCAAUACCUCAAAUAUAGGUGGCAACCCAAGAACUGUGACUUACCAAGAUUUGAUGGGAAAGAUUUCUUGACAAAAUUAAAGGGGAAGCAGAUCAUGUUUAUAGGGGAUUCUGUUAGUCUCAACCAUUGGCAAUCACUUAUAUGCUUGCUUCAUUCUGCUGUGCCCCAAAGUGAAAUAUUACAACAGGGCACUGACUAUAUCACUAACCACACAUUCCAGGACUAUGGAGUUUCAGUGAUUAUUUUCCAUUCUUUAUAUUUGGUUGACAUCAUAGAAGAGGAAAAAAUUGGACGAGUCUUGAAGCUUGAUUCCCUUCAGAGUGGAGACAUAUGGAAAGACAUGGAUGUUUUGGUUUUCAACACUUGGCUCUGGUGGUACCGCAGAGGACCCAAGCAACCAUGGGAUUAUAUUCAAAUAGGGGACAAGAUGCUCAAAGACAUGGAUCGAAUGGAAGCUUUUAAAACGGGCUUGACAACUUGGGCUAAAUGGGUAGAUGCAGUGGUAGAUCCAAGUAAAACCAAAGUUCUUUUUCAAGGAAUUUCUCCUUCCCACUACAAUGGCAUAGAUUGGAAUGAGCCAGAAGUGAGGAACUGUUCAAAAGAGACACAGCCAAUAAGUGGAUCAACGUACUCGACUGGAUUGCCACCUGCAUCAUAUGUAUUGCAAGAUGUGCUGAAGACAAUAAGCAAGCCUGUUCAUUUGCUUAACAUUACAACUCUCUCACAGUUGAGAAAAGAUGCACAUCCUAGUUCUUACAAUGGUUUCAAAGGCAUGGAUUGUACCCAUUGGUGUGUAGCAGGGCUUCCAGACACUUGGAAUCAGCUGCUGUACGCAGCACUCACUAGUUAG